AUCCCAAGGACAACAUUGGCUAUAAAUUCCUCAUCCCAUGGAUCGGGAAUGGGUUGCUGAUCUUACAUGGGCCAAAAUGGCACCAACAUCGAAAACUCCUGACUCCGGGGUUUCACUACGACGUCUUGAAACCAUACGUGGCCCUGAUGGCAGAGUCCACAACCGUGAUGCUGGAUAAAUGGGAGCAUCUGAUCACAGAUGGAAAACCCGUGGAGCUGUUUGAGCACAUCAGCUUGAUGACGCUCGACAGUAUCAUGAAAUGUGCCUUCAGUUGUUACAGCAACUGCCAGACCAACAGGUCAAACUCCUACAUCCAGGCUGUCUGCAGCAUAUGCCACAUGGUGCACCAGCAUCUCCAGAUUAUCCCCUACCACAACAACUUCAUUUUCUGCUUUAGCCCCCAUGGAUUUCGGUUCAGGAAGGCCUGCCAGAUCGCUCACGACCACACAGACAAAGUGAUCCAGGAGUGAAAGGAGUCCCAGAAAGAUGAACGGGAAUUUGAAAAGAUCCAGAAGAAGAGACAUUUGGACUUCUUGGACAUUCUGCUGUGUGCCAAA